AGCUGUUGCCAUAGGAAAGUGGACGCUUCGGUUUUAAUACAAAUAAAGUAACGCGGUGUGUGAAAAAGGGGUGGAAAGUGGUAAUAGUUUCAAAAAACGGCUUAAAUACAGUGCACUCCUUAAUACAGUGGCGGUACAGCGUUUAAAUUCGAGUGUUUUGAGGUUUGUAGUGCAGCAUAUUUAAAAAUUGACUCGUUACGAGGUGUGAUUAGUGAUAUAUAUUUCGCAGUUUUAUUUACACUAGAAGAACAAUAAUUACAGAUAUCAGAUAAGACAUGCUGGAAGACGGAAGAGUGGUGAAAUUAUCUAGUUGUCGGUGACAGUGCACCUACUUGAUGUUUAACGCGCAAAAAUUUUCCCCGCAACUGUAAUUAUAAUUUGUAGCGUAAAGUUUCUUUCUAGGUGCGUUUUUCGUCAAAUUGAAAUGUGAAAUGUGACAGUUUCUCGCGUGUGUUACCGUUGGAUGACCCUGCGAAUUGCUGUGAAUGACUUCUUGAAGAUGGAAGAUAUCGCCUUCAGCGACUGGCCAGGACAACCUGUGGAUUUAAAUUCAGGAAAUAAUCCCUGGUUACCAGCCUACGGUUUCCAGACACCGACAGCUUUGCUGGAAAAAGAGGAUUUUAUUGGAAAUCCAGAUGCCGAAUACUUCCUGCAGGGGUCAGCGGGCCACUACAUGUAUCUGGAGACCAUCUUGGAGGAGACUUCCGAUGAUUUGCGGUCGGAGAGCGACCUCGAUUCUAGGGGGUCCCCCGUGGGGUGGUUGGCGACCGAUUCGGAGUCAGGAUCCGUCAUCUGCAUAGACACACCAGAUGACUUAGAGUGCGACUCCGACCGCGAACUAGCCUGCCCAGCCAAAAGACGGAAACAAGACUUGUACUUGAACUUGCCAAACGCCGAAGACGACCUAAACUCCCUCAGCAGGUCCAGCAGCCUCCUGCAGUUCGAGACUCUGGAAAAACAGUGCCAAGAAACUUGCUCCAGCUCCCCGAGCCUCUACUCCCAGUACAGUUUCGACUCGCUAGAGGCCAGCAACAGAAAAAGCAACCUCAGCCCCGACAGCCUCAACAGCCCCAGAAGCGAGAUCGCUGAAGAGGAGAGCGAUUUUUAUAAGUCUCUGAAGAUUGACAUACCUCGAAUGAAAGAGAAAAGUAACGACAGCCUGCUGUACAACACUGCGAGGUACUCUGGGUCUGAUUCGAGCGACAGCGACGUGACCUUAGAAGCGUCUAGGUCCUAUGACAAUUUAAAGACCUGGAGGAGCUUCGAUAGUCUUCCCAUAAGCAAUAAUAGGGGGGUGAAAGAAAAAGCAUCAGUGGAAAAUUUAAGUGAAGACAGCGGUUAUAGUGACCACCUCACGAAGUCCUCUAGUGCGAAUAACCUGAAGGAGAAGAGUGAUGUGAAGCUGAAGAGCAUGAGGAGUUGCCCGGAGAAGAAGAAUUCCUACGUUGGGUUCGCUGCUUAUGACGGAGACGUGUUCCAGAACUUCAGCGGCAACUUCGGCGUCAGCUACCAGGACCUGACCGUCUUCAGGGACGACCACCUGGACGUGGUGAAAACCUCCCCCCUAAUCGACCACUUCGUCAAGAACAAGCGACAGCGGCAAAUCAACGACCAUACCCACAGCGCCGUGACGGACGCCUUAAAUAUAGACACUCGCCAAGAAUGCGACCGACGGUCUAAUUUUAAACCGCAGUCGUCCACCAGUGAACCCAACUUGCUGCGGACGAUCAGUAGGAAGCCAGAACCGACCACCGGCGCAGUUGUCGUGUCGAGCGUGCCGAAAGAUCUGAAUUUCAUCGGAAAGUUUAACCGCAGCGGAUGCUGCAACACCGGCGCGGACUCUGUCGCGGUGAAGGAUUGGAAUUUGGCCGAUCUGCGGUUCGAAAACAAUGAAUUAAACUGUAGUGCUAACCUAGAAAAUUCAUUGGAAGCGGAAGAGAUGAGUAACUACAAGAGAGAGGGAAGCUACACGGAGGCUAUGUCCAAUAGAGUGGACUUGAGCGACGACGAGCACAGUUUAUACAACAAGAAGAAGCCUAAGUUGCCCAAAACGCCCAUAGUGGACUUUGACAAGAAAGUGUUGAAGACCAUCUCCGAACAAAGUCUACAGAGCUUGGUGAGCAGCACGCAGAACUUGAAGAUGUCCAGUGACAAGUUCUCCAAACUGGCUGAUGAAGCCUUCACCUCGACUCCGAUCUCCGCUACGGAAAGGCGCAACGUUGCCAGCACUCCCAACCUAGCCUCGACGUCUAGCCAACCAGACCCAAUUCAAAGCUACUUCGACGAGGAGCGGCGUAAGUCCGUGCAGGACAUCAGACGCAAGGGUAGCAUCAUCAAGUCCAGCACGAGCACCAGCGGCAUAUCGGAUGCCGAAGACAAAACGAUGACGUCCGUCAGGAGCUUCACUGGCUCGAAUUGCUCCAAAGGCGUCCACUUCUCGCCGGUGGUAUCCGAAGUGAACUGGCGCGACGAUAGCGUGUCCACCGUGACGCCUGAUAGAGAGUCCAGUUACAGUUUCGGCAGUUCGUCGCCCGAGAGGCGCCCCUCCCCGCCCAAACAGAUUUACAAGCCGAAGGCGCGUCUGGCGACGCCGGUGAGGCUGACGAGUUCACAGCCUGACCUCUCAGAUAACGACUCAUGUAAGAGGGAAUUCGUGGAUUCGCUGAAGAACCUCAGACAGGACUACAGUAAGAGUCAGCCGGACGUUAGUAGGAUCAAGCGCAGGGGCAGUCAGCUCAUCAAGAAAGACAAAGACGGCUCCAUAGUCAAGGCCUACAUCGACAGCGACGGCAUCCAGUACAAGCACACCCACCUGGACCUCGGGCUGGGCUUCGGCUUCGCCAACAACAGCAGCAGCGGCGGCAGGCCCCACAGCAGCGACGGGUAUGGUGGUGGCGGAUCGGACACGUCGCCGCAGCCGCAGCAACAGCGGCCGCAAAGCGCGUUCCGGCCAGUCAGCGCAAUGGAGGCGCACGAUGCGCGUCGCGAAGCCGGCCAUGCGCACACCUUCAAGGAGAAGGCCAAGUCGGGCAAGCUCGGGGGCUUCUUCUCGAGGCUGGCCAGUUUCCGUUUCAGCCUGAAGAAAGGGGCGGAGGAGAAGGCCAAGCUGAAGAAGAAGACCGGCGCGAAGUCAGACGCCAAGAUGGUCCCCCAGCAGCGCGUCGCCACCAAAGACGACUACAUCUACAUCCCCCUCAAAGGCCCGCCGACUGCCAACACAACCACCCCCCGUAACAACAACGCCGCCGCUGAGCCGGCCAAGCCGCAGUCAUUGAGCUCGAAGCCGCCGCUGCCGAAGCAGCCGCCCCGCGUAGUUCACGCAAGCGUCAAGAAGGACCACACGACGCAGGCCCCCGGCGCCGCGACGCCGGCGGCCGAGACGCGGCACCGUCGCCGUCGCACGAUCGAUUCGGCCGAGACCCAGCUGCCCAUGGAGCCCAUGGGCCUGAUCGAGACCGACUUGGACACGGAAGUGACCGUCAUCACCAGCGGGGCCAAUGCCAAGACGAGGAGUUUGCUGAAUUUGGGGCCCGAGCCCCGCCUGGCGCUCGCCCCCAGCGAGGCGGGUAAGGCGCACGGAGCGCGCCCCCACAAGUCCAUGGAGUUCCUGCUGGACAAGCAGAACUUGAAGGUGGUCGAG